GUUUGUAAAACACUGCAAAGCACCACAGGAUGUUUGUCGACUGGCACUCCUAUUCAGGAUGAAGAGAAAGUCGGGAGGGAGACCCUAAACUUGGUUGCAGAGAAAGCGAGAGGGAAGAACAUUAUCCCCUGAGCGGCGCGAAGUCUGAGCAGAGGAUCCAAGAAGGAGAUAAGGAUUAAGCUGCAGUGUUGUGCGUCUUCAUUAAUGGGAUACAAGUUUGAAAAAGGAGACUGAGAAGAAGAAAAAAGAAAAAAACUUGAAAGUUGGAGCCAGAAGGAGCCAGAGGGGAUUCAAGAAUUUAAAGGAUCUGACUCCCUGAAUCAUGACCUCUGAACACUUUCAAGUCCUUCUCCUGCUGUUCUGCGUCCUCCACAGCUCUGCGCAGACCUGCCCUUCUAAAUGCCUCUGCAUGUCUGACACAGUGAGAUGUAGCUCUGUUGGUCUGCACAAACUCCCUCAAUCCCUGCCCUCCUUUCCUGCCAACCUUGACUUCAGCCACAACCACAUCACCUGGCUGGAUCCGGACACCUUAACCAAGACGCCCAGACUAGAAAAGCUCUGGGUGGCCCACAAUGAAAUCCGUACAUUGAGUCAUAACUUGUUUCGUAAUGUGUCUGGCCUCAGACUGCUGGACCUGUCCUCCAACAGGCUUCAGAUGGUGGAGCAACACUACUUCCAUGGGCUAUGGAGGCUGGAGGAGCUCCGUCUCUUUAACAAUAGGAUCACACUAGUGGAGGGCAGCUCACUGAGCGGUCUGAGUAGCUUGAAAAAGGUUUACUUCAGCUUCAACCAGAUCACACACUUCCCCUUUUUCUCCAUCCAGGAUCACACUCACCCUUUUCUGGCUAUGCUGGACCUGUCAUCCAACCGGAUGUCGAGUCUGCCGUGGGAGGAUGUGAAAGCUUUGCCACAGUUGGUGCAGCAGGGGCUGUACACUCACAACAACUCGCUUAUCUGUGACUGCUCCAUGUAUGCCAUAUUUUGGCACUGGAACCUGAGUGAAUAUAACUCAAUCAAAGACUUUAUGGAUGAGCACACCUGCAACGUUAAUGGGGACCCUCGUAGAUCCAUCCGGUUCUUUCGUGACAAGCGUUUCUUCCGGAACUGCACUGUAGAAAAAUUCAUCAUGCAGCCUGUGACGGUUCUCCUCUCCGACGUGGUGGUCUUCGAGGGCAACAGGGUGCGUCUGGACUGCCAAACAUCCCUUAGCAGCACAAACCUCUCAUUUACAUGGCUUUCCCCAAGUAAGGGCUUCAUCACCCAAAGCAGCAUGAAUGACACACUUAUUAGCAUGCUUCCCGAUGGCACCUUGGAGAUACACGCAACCACGAUCAAUGACUCGGGUGUGUAUCUUUGCACCGCUGUGGACAUCAAACAGGCAUUGAAUGCAACACGUGAGGUGAAUGUGACCGUGCUGUUGCCAACAGCAGAGCCGUUCAACACUGGUUACACAACACUGCUAGGCUGCAUGGUGACUUUGGCCCUCAUCCUCACGUACCUCUUCCUGACUCCAUGUCGCUGCAGCUUCUGCAAACAGCCUCCAGCGCACUCCAACCAAGGCACCUUGUCGUGCAUUUUCUCAUCUUUUACAAAAGAACAACCCAACACUGACACCUUGAAGCAUGUGGCCUUCAAGGAGCAUCCAAUGGGCGAAGAAAGGAUAGAAUGGAUACAUCAAAGCUGAGGAGAGGCCAUGUUCUUUGGUUAGUUUGUCAGUAGAAACAGAGAAUUGGUUGAUUGUAUUGUUUGGAAGAGUUGAGAUGUCAUCUGAGUGUAAAUGCAGUAAGGAAAAACAAGCUCUAAUGUCUCUUUUUCAUCUUCAAGAGGG